CGCGCCCCCGCCAGCCCGGCCCUCCUCCUCCCCGCCGCCCCUCCCGCGCGCGUCCACCGGCUCCCCGGCUCGCGCCGCUCCAUGUAGCCCCGGAUCCCCGGGCGGCCGCGGAGGAGGGGGCGACCACAAGAUGGCGGACCUCUCGCUGCUCCAGGAGGACCUGCAGGAGGACGCGGACGGAUUUGGUGUGGAUGACUACAGCUCAGAGUCUGAUGUGAUUAUUAUACCUUCAGCCUUGGACUUUGUCUCACAAGAUGAAAUGUUGACGCCCCUGGGGAGAUUGGACAAGUAUGCUGCAAGUGAGAACGUAUUUAACAGACAAAUGGUGGCCCGGAGUUUGCUGGAUACCUUGAGGGAAGUCUGCGAUGAUGAAAGAGAUUGUAUUGCUGUUUUGGAAAGAAUUAGCAGAUUGGCCGAUGAUUCAGAACCAACUGUGAGAGCGGAGCUGAUGGAACAGGUGCCUCACAUCGCACUGUUUUGUCAAGAAAACCGGCCUUCAAUACCAUACGCUUUUUCCAAAUUCUUACUACCUAUUGUGGUUAGAUAUCUUGCAGAUCAGAAUAAUCAGGUGAGGAAAACAAGUCAGGCAGCUUUGUUGGCUCUGCUGGAGCAGGAGCUCAUUGAACGAUUUGAUGUGGAGACCAAAGUGUGCCCUGUCCUCAUAGAGCUGACCGCCCCAGAUAGCAAUGAUGAUGUGAAAACAGAAGCUGUGGCUAUAAUGUGCAAAAUGGCUCCCAUGGUUGGGAAGGACAUUACAGAGCGUCUUAUCCUCCCUAGGUUUUGUGAGAUGUGCUGCGAUUGCAGAAUGUUUCACGUUCGAAAGGUCUGUGCUGCCAAUUUUGGAGAUAUUUGCAGUGUAGUUGGCCAGCAAGCUACUGAAGAAAUGUUGCUGCCCAGAUUUUUCCAGCUUUGUUCUGAUAAUGUAUGGGGAGUCCGAAAGGCGUGUGCUGAAUGCUUCAUGGCAGUUUCAUGUGCAACAUGUCAAGAAAUCCGACGGACCAAAUUAUCAGCACUUUUUAUUAAUUUGAUCAGUGAUCCUUCACGUUGGGUUCGCCAAGCAGCGUUUCAGUCUCUGGGGCCUUUCAUAUCUACUUUUGCUAAUCCAUCUAGCUCAGGCCAGUAUUUUAAAGAAGAAAGCAAAAGUUCAGAAGAGAUGUCAGUAGAAAACAAAUAUAGGACCAGAGAUCAAGAAGCCCCAGAGGAUGUACAAGUCAGGCCAGAGGAUACUCCUUCAGAUCUCAGUGUUAGUAAUUCCAGUGUCAUACUGGAAAACACGUUGGAAGACCAUGCUGCUGAGGCAUCCGGGAAGCCUCUAGGUGAAAUUAGUGUUGCACUGGACAGCUCUUUACUUUGUACUUUGUCCUCAGAAUCUCACCAGGAAGCAGCUAGUAAUGAGAAUGAUAAAAAACCUGGUAACUACAAAUCUAUGUUGCGACCAGAGGUUGGCACCAGUUCACAAGAUUCAGCUCUCUUAGAUCAGGAAUUGUAUAACUCCUUCCAUUUCUGGAGGACUCCUCUUCCUGAAAUAGAUCUAGACAUAGAGCUUGAACAGAACUCUGGGGGAAAAUCCAGCCCAGAGGGACCAGAGGAAGCAUCUGAAGGCCCUGUGCCCAGUUCUCCAAACAUCACCAUGGCCACCAGAAAGGAACUGGAAGAAAUGAUAGAAAAUCUAGAGCCCCACAUUGAUGAUCCAGAUGUUAAAGCACAAGUGGAAGUGCUGUCCGCUGCACUGCGUGCUUCCAGCCUGGAUGUACAUGAAGAGACCACCAAUGUAGAAAAGAGAAGUGAUUUGCAAGAUGAACUGGGUAUAAAUGAGCUACCACAUUGUAAAAUAAAUCAAGAAGAUUCUGUGCCUUUAAUCAGCGAUGCUGUUGAGAAUAUGGACUCCACUCUUCACUAUAUUCACAACGAUUCAGACUUGAGCAACAAUAGCAGUUUUAGCCCUGAUGAGGAAAGGAGAACUAAAGUACAAGAUGUUGUACCUCAGGCGUUGUUAGAUCAGUAUUUAUCUAUGACUGACCCUUCUCGUGCGCAGACGGUUGACACGGAAAUUGCUAAGCACUGUGCAUACAGCCUCCCCGGUGUGGCCUUGACACUCGGAAGACAGAACUGGCACUGCCUGAGAGAGACGUAUGAGACUCUGGCCUCAGAUAUGCAGUGGAAAGUUCGACGAACUCUAGCAUUCUCCAUCCACGAGCUUGCAGUUAUUCUUGGAGAUCAGUUGACAGCUGCAGAUCUGGUUCCAAUUUUUAAUGGAUUUUUAAAAGACCUCGAUGAAGUCAGGAUAGGUGUCCUUAAACACUUACAUGAUUUUCUGAAGCUUCUUCAUAUUGACAAAAGAAGAGAGUAUCUUUAUCAACUUCAGGAGUUUUUGGUGACAGAUAAUAGUAGAAAUUGGCGGUUUCGAGCUGAACUGGCUGAACAGCUGAUUUUACUUCUAGAGUUAUAUAGUCCCAGAGAUGUUUAUGACUAUUUACGUCCCAUUGCUCUGAAUCUGUGUGCAGACAAGGUUUCUUCUGUUCGUUGGAUUUCCUACAAGUUGGUCAGCGAGAUGGUGAAGAAGCUGCACGCGGCAACACCGCCAACGUUCGGCGCGGACCUCAUCAGUGAACUUGUGGAGAACUUUGGCAGAUGUCCCAAGUGGUCUGGGCGGCAAGCCUUUGUCUUUGUCUGCCAGACUGUCAUUGAGGAUGACUGCCUUCCCAUGGACCAGUUUGCUGUGCAUCUGAUGCCGCAUCUGCUGACCUUAGCAAACGACAGGGUUCCUAACGUGCGAGUGCUGCUUGCAAAGACCUUAAGGCAAACUCUGCUAGAAAAAGACUAUUUCUUGGCCUCCGCCAGCUGCCACCAGGAGGCUGUGGAGCAGACCAUCAUGGCUCUUCAGAUGGACCGGGACAGCGAUGUCAAGUAUUUUGCAAGCAUCCACCCUGCCAGUACCAAAAUCUCUGAAGAUGCCAUGAGCACAGCGUCCUCAACCUACUAGAAGGCUUGAAUCUCGGUGUCUCUCCUGCUUCCGUGAGAGCCGAGGUUCAGUGGGCGUUCCGCACGUAUGUGACCUGGGAUAGCUUUCGGGGGAGGAGCGACUUCCCUCUCCUGCAGGCUUCAUUGCAGGUGCAAGUUGCCUGUACCCAAUACCAGGGAUUUUAAGAGUCAAGAGAAAGUACAGUAAACACUAUUAUCUUAUCUUGACUUUAAGGGGAAAUAAUUUCUCAGAGGAUUAUAAUUGUCACCGAAGCCUUAAAUCCUUCCGUCUUCCUGACUGAAUGAAACUUGAAUUGGCAGAGCAUUUUCCUUAUGGAAGGGAUGCGAUUCCCAGAGACCUGCAUUGCUUUCUCCUGGUUUUAUUUAACAGCCGACAAAUGAAAUUCUUACAGCCUGAAGGCACACGUUUGCCCAGAUGUGAAAGAGACCUUCAGUAUCAGCCCUGACUCCUCUCCCAGGCACAAGGACUUGCUGGGCUGUGUGACCAGCUGUCCAGCCCAGCCCUGUGUGUGAAUCAUUUCUGAUGUGUGUAAAUGGGAAAGGAGGGUUUUUUACUUCCCCUGAGGGCUUGAUGCUAACACAAAAGUAGGAUUGACUUUAACUCUUAAGCGCAGCAUAUUGCUGUACACAUUUACAGAAUGGUUGCUGAGUGUCUGUGUCUGAUUUUUUCAUGCUGGUCAUGACCUGAAGGAAAUUUAUUAGACGUAUAAUGUAUGUCUGGUGUUUUUAACUUGAUCAUGAUCAGCUCAGAGGUGCAACUUCUUCACAUACUGUACAUACCUGUGACCACUCUUGGGAGUGCUGCAGUCUUUAAUCAUGCUGUUUAAACUGUUGUGGCACAAGUUCUCUUGUCCAAAUAAAAUUUAUUAAUAAGAUCUAUAGAGAGAGAUAUAUACACUUUUGAUUGUUUUCUAGAUGUCUACCAAUAAAUGCAAUUUGUGACCUGUAUUAAUGAUUUAGUUUAAAGUGGGGAAACUAGAUUAAAAUACUUGUCUUUUAA